AUGGAAAUUGGCAAUAUAACCACAGUCACUGCGUUUGUUCUCCUGGGAGUAUCCAACAACCCUCAGAUCCAGGCAGCGCUCUUUGUACUCUUCCUGGUGAUUUACCUCAUGAUCCUCAUGGAGAACCUGCUAUUGCUGCUGGUGAUCAGAGCCGAUUCCCACCUCCACACCCCCAUGUACUUCUUCCUGAGUCACCUCUCCUUCCUGGAUGCUCUCUAUUCCUCAGUCGUUGUGCCUAAACUGCUCGAGAACCUUCUUUCCAAGUGGAAGACUGUAUCCCUUCUUGAGUGUUUCACUCAGAUUACCCUGGUUUUAUUUUCUGGAGCCACUGAAGCUUGCCUCCUUUCAGUCAUGGCCUAUGACCGGUUCCAGGCUGUGUGCCACCCACUGUUGUACGUGGUGGUUAUGAACAGGAAGGUAUGUAUCGGCCUGGCGGUAGCAUCCUGGGCUAUAGGAAUGGGCAGCAGCCUAGUAAACACCCUUCUCCUGGCUCAACAGCUCUUCUGUGGCCCCAACGCCAUCAAUAGUUUUGUCUGCGAGCUUCCCCCAGUGCUCCUCUUGGCCUGUUCUGACACCUACGUUAGCAAUGCCACCAUCCUGACAACCGUGGUGGUCCUGGGCUGUGGCAACCUUGUCCUAUUGAUGAGUUCCUACACCCGUAUCAUUAUGACAGCGCUGGGCAUCAACUCUGCCGCGGGACGAAGCAAGAUCUUUUCUACUUGCUCCUCUCAUGUUUUUGUGGUCACCAUCUCUUUUGGUUCAGGAAUUUGCAGGUACAUGACUCCAGCAUCCGGCUCAGUCCUAGAGCAAGUGCUCUCUGUGCAGUAUAGCGUGGUGGCCCCUCUGUUAAACCCCCUCAUCUACAGUCUGAAGAACAGGGAGGUGAAGGCAGCUCUGAGGAGGCUGCUGGCCAGGAAGCCCAGGCUGACCUUCUAACCCAGGCUCCACUACCU